GUUGUUCCAGUGUCGUAGCAAUGCAGCGCACACGAAAAAAAAGACACAAACAAUUCAUGUAUAAAUUGCAUUUGUGACCCGGAAUGGGAGUUCAGUCUCGAUUGUUAGAAGCAGAAUAAAAAAAAACGGUAGUCUCAGUAUGCAAUGCAUUCUCAUUAAACCAAACAGAAUGAAAUUGUUGGAAAUGUCAUCGAAGCACACGUUCCAAUUUUAGAACGGGUUUUUCAAUAGUAUGCGCCUCAAAAUAAAAAAAAAGAAGAAAAAACGCACACACAUUGGAAUCCAUAUUUUGUGCUUGUUAUUAUUAUAUAUACGUAUCGUAUACACACGUAUUUUCUUUUCCAACCAACCAAUCAGCCAGCCAUUUGAGAGAGCAUUUAUGGCAUUUCAACCAAAUUGAAAAACCGAGAAACAUCGCACAGACGAAAAAGAUAAAGAAAAAUAAUAAUUUUCAAUAUGGCAGCCAGCUAAAUAAAAGUGCAAUACUAUUUCAUUGCUUGAUCGACAACAACAACGACGACGACGACAUUGGAAUAAGAAAACAAACUACGAAUGUGUGUUUUGUCGAAAAACCAUUCUCAAAUUGUGUGACAAGUAAUUGGAAAGACAGAGAAAGAACAAACAUUUGCUAAAAUUGAUUGAGGGAACGGAAAAAAGUGCUUGAAAAUCGAACGCAUUUUCGUGUGUGUCUGGUUUUAUUAUAAAUAAUACUGUUUAUAUAAUCAGCUGACAAUACUGUCAAAAACGAAAAUAGCCUCCGUAUAUUUAUAUGAAGAAGAGAAACACAACAAAACUUGUUUGAUAUUUAUUUUCUCCCCACUACAUCGAUAUAUUCCCACAAACAAUCGAAAAAGAAGUUCGUUCGUGAAAUUCGAUUGUGAAAUCACGAUUGAAAACGCAGUAGCAGCAUACAAAUAAACGCGAGAGCGAAAGAGAUUGUCAAAAUUUUGGGUCAAUAACAAGCUGACGGGAAAAAACAAGAUAGAGAGAGAGAGAGAGAGAGAGAGAGAGAGAGAGAGAGAGAGAGAGAGAGAGAGAGAGAUAAGCGCUAAGACCACAACCAAAAAAAAAUCAACAAACACAAUGGCAUGGACACAGAGCAGCAGAGAAUAACAAUAACACACAAUUUAGAUGAAUAACAAAAGUCACACACAAAAACAAAUUUGUGUUGUUCAUUUUUCAUCGUCAACGACCGCAACGUGUGUGUAUCAGAUGAAAUUCGUCGCAUAACAAUAAACGUGUUUAAAAGAUUUUUAUUUUUGUGUGACGCGCGCGUUGACUGCAAGUGUCUUUGUCAACCAUUGAGUCAUUUCUCGACUCGCUGCGAGAAUAAUGUAAUAUUUGAUCAUUUACAAACGAAGUCAAAUCAAAUCAAGGCACAACACACUAAAAUUCAAGCAUUAUUUCGUCGAUUUCUUGCGAUUGAUUCGAUUUACUUUUGUUUUGUUUCGAUCGCAUCAGUGACGUUUUUCAGUUGUUGUCAUUGUUAAUAUUAAAUGGACUUGAAAAUUGUGAAGCGUAUCAAUGGUCAAGUGACAAUCAAAUAAACACAUCGAAAAAUCUGGAACAAAAACAUUGAUGAAACUUGAAUAGAAUUUGUGCAAUCUCCUCUGUGUGUGUGUCUCUCCCUCUUGCUCUGUAACUCAGUUUUUCAAUUUGUGUGUGCACGACAGAUAACAACAACAACAACAACAACAACAACAACAAAACGCACAACAACAUCGAAAUGGAUAAUUUCAUAUGCGCUGGCUACAUUUUUUCAUCGAAGUUCGACUCAGGCAAUCUGCACAAAGUUGAACUGGUUAAAUGGCAUGAAGAAGCACAGCCAAAUAAUGAGGCGGUAGCCGUUGAACUAAAUCUAUGGACGAAGCCGGAUUGCGCGGGCACCGAAUAUGAAAAUCUCAAUCGAUCAUGGUUCUUUUUCAGCAUACAAGGCGGCGAGCCAAACAAAGUGUGCAAAUUGAACAUUGUGAAUUUAAACAAGCAAUCGAAACUCUUUAGCCAAGGCAUGCAUCCGGUUAUACGAGUUGGUGAAACAGGCAAAUGGGAGCGUACAAAAUACUCACCCGUCUACAAUGUGAACGAUAAUGAAUUUGUGCUCAGCUUUCUACACAAACCACAAACGGAUAUAACGACAAAAUUUUACUAUGCAUUUACGUUCCCAUUUACAUUUACCGAAUGCCAAAAUCAGUUGGCACGUUUCGAUAGCCUAUACCUAAAGUCAGAGGAUGAAAUGAAUUACAUUCUUCAGCGUCUGAAUGUCGAUGUCGAUGUCGAUAUCAACUGUAAUACAAUCAACUUUGAGAAUACGGAUGUUGCAAGCGUUGAAAAUGUACAAAAUGCACCCAAUGCAGAGCAAACACCGACACGUGUAUCAACAUCGCGUAUGAACAUGCUGGAAAAUCAAUCGAAUGACGAAAUUGAAAAUGAUAUUUACUAUCAUCGUGAAUUGUUGAUCAAUUCGGUGGAAGGUAGACGCGUUGAUCUGCUCACAAUCACUUCAUUCCACAAUAUACAAAAUGAGCACGAGCAUCGAUUUAACGAACUAUUCCCCGACCCGCAUUCCAAACGAUGUAAACUGUUCAAAAACAAAAAGAUUAUUUUUAUAUCAUCGCGCGUUCAUCCGGGCGAAACGCCAGCAUCUUUCAUAUUGAAUGGGUUUUUGAAAAUGAUAUUAGAUCGAAAAAAUCGAUAUGCCACCAUACUUCGAAAAAUGUACGUGUUCAAAAUAAUUCCGCUACUGAAUCCAGAUGGUGUAUACAAUGGGCAUUACCGAUCAGAUGUCUUGGGUCACAAUUUGAAUCGCGUUUAUUUGGCACCGAAAAAAGAAACACAACCGCCAAUUUUUGCUGUACGAAAAUUGAUAAGAUAUUAUCACAACGAAAAAGAUAUCGACGAUGAAUCACUACCGACUACGGCCAAUGCUGAAAAUAACAAUGAAAGCGUCGACAUAAAUGUGACAAAUGAAACUGCUGCUGAAAUUGAUGUACCAAAUUUGGAAUUAGAUAUAGCAUCAUCUGGCUUCGAAGAGACUGAUACAGAUACACCGGAACGCGAAUCAUCCGAAGAGAAAACGCGAUCAAACAAUGUGUUAACGGAAAUAAAUAUCGAAGCGAAAAACAAUCGAAAUAUUGAAAAAAUCGUUUCAAUGCCACCGUCAAAUUCAUCAACACCAUCGAUAUCAUUAACACAAAGUCCGACAACCGAAACGGAACUGGAGUCAAAGCCAAGCUGUUCAACGGAAUCCACGUCAGCACCGAGCAGUGCUGAAGAAACAGCGCCAAACACGAUACCAACCGUAAAAGUCCGUAAAGUCAAUAGCACACUGAAAACGGGAGUGAAUAGCAGCAAAUCGUAUAUUGCCAAACCGACGAUAUCAUCAAUACCGAAAGUCAAUUCGACGGAAGCGAGUACGUCAAAUGUUGAAGUUCUUAAAGUAAAAAAGCUAUCGUUAAGACCAUCUUCAAUCACAAACCAAAGCUCAUUCAUGGCACCAGCAUCGUUGAGUGGACGCGACUCGGGCUCCGAUGCCAGCGGACGAUAUUCGAGCAGUACAUUCGAAAGUGCACGCAGCGAAAAGAAGAAAGAGCCACUCAAGUCAAAUACAGGGAAUAAUAAUCAUAAAUUAAAUAGAAAACUGUCGAAAAAUGACAGUGACACAUUGGUCGCACCUAUGUCGGGCGGUGUAUCUAGUCGAAGUCCAAAACGAUCGUCUUUGCUGCGCAAAUUUAUGCACGCACCGACACCGGCCAACAUAAACAUUAGUUCGGACUUUUGUAAAGAUUCGAAUCAAGCAAAAUGUGAUGAACAGAGCAACAUGUUUUUGUAUAUCGAUUUGCAUGGGCAUGCAUCGAAGAAGGGCGUUUUCAUGUAUGGAAAUUACCUGCCAAAAAUCGCUGAAUCCGUAGAAUGCAUGCUUCUGCCGCGGCUAAUGAGCAUGAACAGCCAUCAUUUUCAUUUUGAUGCAUGCGUUUUCUCCGAACGGAAUAUGUACCAUAAAGGGAAACGUGAUGGCUUGUCGAAAGAAGGGUCUGGCCGAGUUGCCAUCUACAAAAUGAUUGGAUUGAUUAAGAGUUACACGUUGGAAGGGAACUAUAAUACGGGAAAGUAUGUGAAUGUACUGCCGCCAAGGGAGAAAGAGUUGAAUCCUCGAAAGAUCUGCACGAUUCCACCGAAAUACACGCCAAACGUUUUUGAAGAGGUUGGACGAGCAUUGGGACCAUCGAUUUUAGAUCUAACCGAAUCGAAUCCAUCGUCACGACUUCGUAUGUCGGAAUUCCGUAGUUUACAGGGUCUUCGAAAUGCAUUGCGCAACGACAUUGAACGCGGUCUAUUGCGAGCAGAUCCAAUUCAGAAGGCCACAACAUCCCACACGAAAUUGAAAUCUCUAAAAACAUCCACUGCAUGCAGUUCACCACUAACAACUGAUGUGUGUAAAGAAAACAAAGAGCGUCACACCACUAACAAACCAUCAAUAUCCUACGGCAAAAAGGAGAAAUCGACAAAUGUGUCGUUGAGCCGAAAAAAGGGAAAGGUUUUGUGCGAUGUGAUUACGUCCACAUCAACCACCGCUCCGAUACCGACCAAACGCCAAAAAGUGGUGGCCAAUAAAAAGUUCACCUCGGUCGGUGGCGUCGGCGGCAGCGGCGGCAGUGGUGGUGACAAAAUUGAGCCAAAGGAUAAUAAUGCCACGGGCGGCCUUGAUCUGGACAUGAAUGCCAUAAGUAAUUUGAAUUUAAAGUCAGACGAUACAGUACCUGCGAAUAGCACACCAAAUACAGCCGUUUCCGCAUCCGAUGUCGAAUUGUCGGCAUUCAUCGAUCAGCCAACUGUCACUUCGUCAUUCGAUCCAGACGUACCAUGUUGUUCAUAUCAAUUACUGCCACAACCAUCCACCACAUUUAAUCCAUUUAAAUUUCCGAAUGCACCGAAAAAACCAAUGGGAGGCAAUUUCCUACGCAAAACAUCCGCAUCAACAUCAUCAAUGUUAAUCGGUCAGUCGUCGAUUGUACAGAGUACGAAAAUUAAGAGUUCAGCCAUUAAACUGCGAAGUGGGUUCAACAGUGCGGGCACAUCGGGCGCCGGUUCACGGCUCAAGUCAAAAGUCAGUUUCAAAUCAAGCCUGACCAAAGACGGUCGCCGCUUGAAAAAGAAGAAAUCGUUGAAAGCCGAUACCGGCAUCAAACGCAAAAAAUCGAAAGUAUUUUAAGUUAAUCCCCGUCUCACUUUAUAACAAGAAUAUAUUUAUUUUUUUUCCGCGAUAUUUUGAAUAAUUUUUUUUAAUGAAUCGAAUUGGGGGAUCUUUGAAUUGUUGUGAUUGAAAAUUAUUUAUGAAUGUUUAUUUUGUUGAAUCUAUUUUUUUCCCUUUUUUUUAAAUGGCACGAGAAACAAAAAGUGAAUUAUUUUUGUCAAGAAAAUAAAAGAGAAAAAAAACAACUUUUAUUUUAAUUAUUUUACACCAGGUAGAUCCACAGAAUAAGUCUGCAUGCGAACACAAAUCAAAAUUGAGAAUUGAUAUACAUACCAAUUCAGGACACAUUUGAAUGAAAAAAAAAACUAACAUGGAAAUCAUUUGUGCGACAAUUAAGCGAAAUGAAGAAAUUGGAAAGACUCAAAGGGAAAAACAAUGUAAUCAAAAUGUGAUGUUUAAUGUGUGGAAUAAAUAAAAAUGAUAAUUUAUGCUGAUGCAAAA